AUGGCCGACUACGAUCGCCGAGGCGGCGGCAGCUCGUAUAACUCGAGGAAGCGUCGCUAUCGUGACGACGAUGAGUACGAGCGUCGCGCCCCCCCUCGUCGCCGCUACGACAAUGUCCCGCCGCCCCACGUGCGCGUGCGCAAGCAGCUCAUCGCCAUCGCCGAGAAUCCCAUGCGGCCGUGGCACGAAGAAGUCUACUCCAUUGCGACCCUCUUCACAGACAACUGGGAUGACGAGCUGUUGCGCAGUAACUUUGUCGACCUCGCUCUCCAGCUGGCCGUUGAGCAGCCGCUCAAGACGCCCUUCGUCGCCGCCGUCGUGAUCGUCGCGAACGCGGCCCGCCCUGAGAUCGUCGAUAUGCUGCUCGCGAAGCUGGCGAAAUUGGUCGAGGAGAAGAUCGCCGAGGGCGAAUGGCGCCAGGUGAAGCUGUACCUGAAGCUUCUGGCUUGUUUGCAGGGCUGCUUGGAGGGGGAGGGGAUAUUCCCAUUGUUGGAAGAGUUGUUUAAUCGGGCUGUUGAUUUGCAGACGGCUAGCUCCGAGGAUACGAUUGGUACCGAGAUUGUCAAGAUCAUCCUCCUUACCCUGCCAUACGUAAUGGUUGCGGCGCCGGGCAAGUGGAAUCAGAAGGCCGCCGAUCUUAUGGAGAAAACGGAGGUCAUUGCUUCGGAGCCACACACUUCUCAGGCGCUGGUCGAACCAUGGCAUCCCGAGAGCAGCGACGAGACUGCUCCCCAGUCACAGAGCUUGAUCGGCUUGCUGCAGGCACAGCUUCAGAACGAGGCCAACAAUGGGUGGGCUCUCCCGUACCUGCCCAGGCCGUGGGAGUUCCCUCCCAGCAACUCCGAGAUGCAGACCAAGCUGCAGAAUGCGCAGAAGCAUGCCCUUCCUGCUAUCCAGAUCCCCGAGACCGUCAUCGCUGGCCCUCGCCCUCUCUUCCCAGAGGUGUACUUCUCCGUGUACGCCAACCAAGAGGUUCAGUCCGUCCCCCCGACGACCAAUGCCGCUGCGUCCCUGAUCCGCGAUGCUCUGCUUGAUACUAUUAACCAGUUGGACUUCAAUCGCAACGUCACAGCGCGUCACUUGAUCGACCUGGACUGCUUCUUCUCCCAGCGCACCUUCACCGCCCGCGCUACCCCGUUUGAUAAGCUGCGCGAGAUUGAACCUCCCAAAUCGACCUGGAAGCCGGAAGAUGUCGCCGUUGAUGCCGUCUUCUCCCAGAUCUUUACUCUGCCUAACCCCGAGCACAAGCUCGUCUACUACCACUCCGUCCUUACCGAGGCCUGCAAGCUGGCGCCAGCGGCGAUUGCGCCCAGCUUGGGUCGCGCUAUUCGUUACCUGUACCGUAAUGCUCCCCGCAUGGACUGGGAGCUGGCGUACCGCUUUAUGGACUGGUUCGCGCACCAUCUCAGCAACUUCGGUUUCACGUGGAAGUGGACUGAGUGGGUGGAUGAUGUUGAGCUGCCGGAUGUGCAUCCUCGCAAGGCGUUCAUUCUCGGCGCCAUUGACAAGGAGAUCCGGCUUAGCUUUGCCCAGCGCAUCAAGAAUACCCUGCCUGAUCCGUACAAGGUGUUGAUACCGCCUGAGAAGGAGAAGGACGCGCCGGAUUUCAAGUUUGCUAAUGAUGAAACCCCCUUCGCCCCCGAAGGCCGCGAAAUCGCCUCCCUCCUCAAGCGAAAAGCCGCUGACGAAGAAAUCGAGACAUACAUCCAGCGCAUCCAAUCGCAAGCUGUCGACCGCGACAUGGACGCCCUGGUCGCCAGCACCGACGUCUUCGUCACCUGUGUUCUGCACAUCGGCAACAAGUCCCUCUCGCACGUGCUCGCGGCCAUCGAGCGCACCAAGGACCGUCUCGCCGACGCGGGCGCGGCCUCCGACGCUGCGCGGGCGCAAAUCAUCACUGCCACCAUGGCGUACUGGUCCGCGCAUCCCGGUGUCGCUAUUACCAUCAUCGAGAAGCUGCUGAAUUAUUCCAUUCUGACACCGGCUGCCGUGUUGGAGUGGGUGUUGCGCGGUCGGGUGGCCGAGACCAGAGGGCGCGUGCUGGGCACGGCGUAUAUGUAUGAGUUAGUGGCAAAUACGGUUAAUAAGGUCACUUCACGCGUGCGCGGGCUGGCGUUCAAGGUCCCCACGACACCGGAGGAGGAAGAGGAAGAUGCCAAGACGCGCGAGACGGAGGUUGCGAGGAUGAGAGCGCUGUUUACGGAGAUCGAGGAGGCCCUUGCCCCGUGGGCGUCUUCCUCUGCUAGGGAGGAGCAGAUGGAAGAGGAUGGGAAGAAUGAGGAGGAUGAGAGGAUGGUUCGGCGCUGGGCUGAUCGCUGGUUGCGCGUGUUUAGGCGCAGGGCGGCGAUUGAGGAGACGUGGUUGGUUGAGGCGGCGAAGGAGAGGGAGAGGAAGAAGGCUAAGGCUGCGGAGGAGAAGGCGGCUGAGGAGGCUAAGAAGGAGCAGGAGGAGAAGGAGGAUGGCAAGAAGCCGGCCAAUGGUGUGGCUGAGAAUGGGGAGGGUGAGGGGAUGAAUGUUGAUGCUUGA